ACCUGAAGAACCGGACCGGAACUAAAGAGAAUCGGAAGUGUCGUCGGUUGUUCGUGAUCCCGGACAGGCGGCGGGACAGUUUUGUUGUUAGCUGCCCAGCUUUGUUCUCAGUGUCGUACCGCGGCGGAGCUGCAGUCCAAUGGGAGACAGCGAUGACGAGUUCGACAGGAGGAGGCGGGACAAGUUCAGGAGAGAGAGGAGCGACAUGGAGCGGUCGAGGGAGAGAGAGGAGAGGAGGAGGGACGACUGGCCCGACAGGGACUGGGACCGCGGCAGGGAGAGGAGGCGGGACUACGAUCGCGGGCGCAGAGAGCGUUUUUCUCCCCCCCGACACAUCAGCCCUCAGCACAAACGCAUGAGGAGAGACUGGGACGACCACCGGGGGGAGCCGUACCGCUACGACAUGCCGUACGGAGGAGGCGGCGGUCCGUUUCCGGGGGCGGGGCCUCAGGGUUGGCACCCCGACCUCCCCCACCUGCACCCACAUCAUGGAGGUCACCCACUGCAGGGCAGGUUGGGGAUGGUGGAUCCAGACCUCCCUCCUCCUGGUCCUCCCACCAUGAGGAGCUUCAAGGACAAGAACCAGGCUGAAAUAAUGACCCUGCUAGCCAGUGAGUGCGAUGAAUUGGGACAGAUGUACCCAUUACUCAGCCGAUUGGCAGCAAUUGCACUUGUCAUUCCGGUGUCAAGUGUCAACUGUGAGAGAGACUUCUCCACAAUGAACAGGGUCAAAUCAGAGCUUUGCAACAGGCCGCAAGGAGAGCACCUGGCUGCCUGCCUGAGGGUCUCCAUCAAUGGGCCGUGUCCAGAGAAAUUUGACUACCAAAGGGCAUUAGAAGUGUUUUUUUCAAAACCCAGGAAAAUUCAAUGUCCAAAUUCAGGGUGCAGAGUUUGCAAAUAGGAGUGUUGUAUAAAU